AUUAAUAAAAUAAAAUUGGUGUGUUUUGUGUGUUUUGUUUGUUUUGAAUAACCGUUACAAGUUGUGCGGUUUUGCACGCGAGUUUGUCAUAAGACAGGAAUAAAACCUUAGAUUAUACCAGUUUACAGUUUUGCGAUUUCUGGUGUGCUGUAAUCUUCUAUUAUUGCGAUAUACUAAAACAUAGCACAAAUACAGACACAAACGCACAGCUCGCGAUUUUAUACACACACACAAACACAGUCACACACACAAGGUCCAAGACGCCCCCUCAUUGCCCUUGAGCUGGCGUUGUAAGAAUCAUUCGAUUUUUCACAACAAGACGUGAAAAACACGAGAAAAAAGAAAUAAAAAAGGAAAAACUAACCACAACGACUGACGCACGCGUUUACUAAAUAUACAAAAAUAAUACAUUUAUACAAUUAAAUAAAUAAAUAUAAAACAAAGCAAAUAUAUUGCAUAUCGGAAGAAAGUAGUAAGCAUCGGAAAUGGAUGUACUCAAUCAAAUACUCAACAUUAAUGCUGGCGGUGCCUAUGGCGGGGGCAAGGCUGGUGGCGCCUUCGAUCCACUUACGUUCGCCAUGAAACCUCAAGUUGUCAUACGCGCCCUCUGCUGGCUCUUUUCCAUUGUGGUCUUUGGCUGCAUAUCCUCGGAGGGCUGGGUGGAAAAAGACGGCAAGGACUAUUGUCUUUAUAAUAACGAUGGUAUGGCCUGUAAAUAUGGCAAUACCAUUGGAGUUUUUGGCUUUCUCGCCUCAAUGGGAUUCAUUGGAGGCGAAUUUCUGUUCGAACGCAUGUCAUCGGUGAAGAGCAGAAAGCGUUACGUCAUGGCGGACAUGGGAUUCUCAGCUCUUUGGGCCUUUUUGUACUUUAUCGCGUUCUUCUAUUUGUGGUCCCAGUGGAGCUCAGCUCCUAUGCCGCCGUAUGGAAUUGGUGCCGGAAGCAUGAAAACAGCUAUUGUCUUUUGCUUCUUCAACAUCUUCAGCUGGGCUCUUUGUGCAUUUAUGGCCUAUAAACGUUUUUUGAUUGGCGCUGGCGAUGAGUUCACCUCGGCCUUUGAGACUGACCCGGCCAAUGUGGUGCAUCAGCAGGCAUACAGCUACUCCAUGGACAACGACAAUGAGCAGUAUAGCGCCUCGCCAUUUGGUCAGCCACAGCAGGGCAUGGAACAACAGUCUGGCAUGGAGUAUCAACAACCCACCUACUAAGCGUAUUUGAUAGCCUUCAGUGCGGGCAAGUUGUACUCCUCCUCCGUGUGUGUGUGUCGACACACUUUUAUUGGUAGUGCAAAUGGCAAAAACAAUUUUUACACCAACUAUUUACAACUAUAGUACACAUGUUGGCUUAACUUAAUACACCGAUGUCAAGCAUAUACGAACAACAACAAAUAAAACACAAGAACAACAACAACAAAAACAACAACAAUGCCAUGCAUUUGCUUCAGCAAGGAAAAGGAGUUUGGAUAGCUGAAAACUGCUUAGUUUAAAAGCCCUAUCCUUAUACAGAAUAAUAUUAAUGAUAAUAAUUUAUAAGAUAGCCCCUUAAGUUCUGUGUGCAGUUUUUGUAGUGAAAAUUUGUUGCAAUACUUAUAUACGAUUAUGAUGUAUACAGAUUAUAUAUAUAUAUUAUAUAUACUGCAAAUACUAUAUAAUUAUGCUUUAAACGUUGUUAGUUAUUUAGUGUAUGUAUUUUAUUAAUUUUUCUUGUGCAAGACCCUGGCCCUCAAUACUCAACUUUGGGUUUUUUGGCUUGCUUACGAUGACAAUAGCUUGACAACAACACGACGUAUAAAAAAUAAGCAAAGCAAAGCUAAAAUGUUUUUUAGACAAAUUUACACACCGUCGGUACAGUAAAAUGAUAUAGUAAUUGACCCACACUAGUUAACUAGCAGACAUCAUAAAAUACUGCUCAAAACAUAUCCUUUUAAAAACAGAUUUCUUCUACAUACUCCUUUGAUCUCUAUUCGCAAAAUAGUUCUUUGUAGUGCCCGAAAUCUUCAGGAUCCGCGGCCAGGGUCGCUUAAACUUAGCGCAUUGAUAGAAACAAUAAAAAUUCAACGCCAAAUUGUAAAUUCUAAAAUUGAAAAUAACAAACAAUUGUUAAACUACAAAAAAUGUGUGAAAAGCUCAGCAAAAAGUAUUUACAAAUAUAUUAUAAAUGAGUUUUUGUCUUGGGGCAAUUAAAUAUUUCUGAAAAUAGCCGAUUUUUUUCAGGAUUUUGCCGAAUUCCAGGUCGGAAAGUUUGAUUUCAAAAUUUAAGUUAAGAACCCAAACACUUGAAUAUCAGUAUUAAAUUUAACACUUAUAUUUGUUAAAAAAUUUAGUAUUAUUUUUUAUAUACUUUCUAAUUUGAUUACACUAAUUUGUAUCCAAUUUUAUUUAAAUUCUUUUUAAAAAAGUCCCAAGGCAAUUGUUGGCCCAAAUAUGAAAUGUAUAGUAAAAUAAAUUGAAUAAAAAUAUUCGUACUAUGCAAUUGAAAAAUAAUCAAUAUCAAUGAAUGUAAACAUAUUUAAUAAAUAAACGUAAAUGUUUGUUUAGUGCAACAUCAAAUAACGGUAAAGUACAUAAGUAUUUGUUAAAUAAAAAAAUAUAUACAUAUAAAAAUACACUUACAUAGAUGUGUAUAUACAUUAUUUAUUUGUGUAUUGUGUAUGUACGUUUAUAAAAGCUGGCUAUAUUUAUAUGUAAGUUGUACGUGCAAAUGGCUAUGCAAAACCAACAGAUAAAAGUUUUGUUCUAAAAUUUGAAUUCAAUCGAAAUUUGCUGCAGGGAAUAACUGCAAAUUAUUGAAAUAUUCGUAUAAACUUUAACUGAAAAGUAAUGAUAAUCGAGUUUUGAAACAGCAAUUAGUUCCGUUUGCGCAAAUUUUAAACAAUGUCGAAAUUUGGAACGCUUUUUAUUUUAAAAAAGACAGUUCAUUGAGAAUUCAACUUGAAGCCAAACAACACAACAUUCAAAUUCUAUGUAAAUUUAUAAAUUAAUCAUGUAGAAAUCGUGAGCGUUAAAUAAUUAAAAAAAAGUUAUGCAUUCAAGGACACACAAGUUGAGAAACAAAAAAUAUUACUAGUAAUUACCCCGGUACAAAAGGCAUCCUGAAAUUGAAGCUAAAUUAGAAAUGUACUUGUUUGAAAAUCAUUGAACAAUAAUGUAAUAAAACCAAUCCCAACUAAAAAAAAGGAAAAAAAUUCAAUAAAUUAUAACACAUAUUUUUAAAAAUCAAAACCAAUAA